AUGCCUCCCACCAACCCCCUCUCCCUCCCCGACCCAAUUCACACCCUCCUAACAACCCUCCACGCCAAAUCCCUCGCCCAAGAAGCCGCCCUACCACACGACACCUUCCUCACGAGCCACCAAACCGAACCCUCCUUCGACGCGCUGAUGGCCGAUAAGUUCAUCGCGCUUGACCAGGACAAAUGUGAAUUCGUGUACCAGGUUCUGCGCGCCAGCGGGGCCACCACCGUUGUCGAAGCAGGGACUAGUUUCGGCGUGAGCACGAUCUAUCUGGCGCUGGGGGUUUUGGAGAAUUUGAAAGCUCGGCCUAGUGGGGAGGGACAGUCUGAAGGGAAAGCAAGAGCUGGGAAGGUCAUUGCCACCGAGAAAUAA